CAGGAAUGCUGAAACUCUUUAUAAAGUGUUAAUCACGGCAUGAAAUAAGAAACGAUUUAGGUGAGCUUCCGUGGUGAUGGUCCGGAUAGUGAGGUGAAUGGUGUAAAUCUGGUUUUAGCUUUCGCAAAUUAGACUACAUGUAUGCACCACAUCCUAUAACAUUUAUAUUGGAUUUUGUACGAGGAUGCUACAACUCGAUAGCAGGGGAACAUCGGAAUAACACAUUCAUAUCAAUUAUGAGAUAUGGUGACGAUGAAACUAUCACCCGUGGAUUGAUUAGCGCCACAAGUGAGAGGUUUUUAAGGCAUAAAACACUUGGUUCCCAUCACUACCUCUGGGAGAAACGAUCAACAUCUAAUUCAUUUCUGGAAUCAAAGCGUUAUGUUCAAUUGACAAACAUUUCUGAUGGUGAGUCUAGACAGAGUGCUUGUGAUUGGGGGAGAGUUGGACUGGCGCGUGAAUUUGCAGAUGACCAGACCUUGUAUGGACUACACAAUCAACGCUAAAAGCUUCGUUUGACCAAUCUCCUGC